AUCUGCGGACAAUGGCCGAGGGUAUAUAUUAUUAUUGUAUAUUACAUAAUCAUUCACAUAGACGAUUGUUAUAUAUAGCAUGUGUUCAUAAAUAAAUGUCUAUUUUAUUUAGAGUACAUAGAGCCAUUCCUCGAUCAAUUGUCGAUGGUAAGCAAUUUUUCGGUGAAGUCACAGUGGUUAUAUUUAUUACCACUAGGCGUUAAUCCAAUACGUGUUCCCGACAGUAGCUUGCAGGGUAGACAUUAUGGUCUCAUGGAAGAUGUUUUACCACAUAUUGUAACACCAUUAGAAAAAAAAUUAGCAUCUCAAGUGAGUCUUCAUCCAUGCAUAAAUUUUGUAGCGUACAUAGUUCCAUGUAAUAAUGCUCCCUUAUAUAUUUAUACGCGUAAUGGUCGCAAAUCAACGACUGAUAGUGGCGUUGAAGCAUUUUUAUCCCCAAGAUGGGGUGGUGUUGUGUUCACUAAUCCUUCAUUUGAAGCAUGCGAAGCUGCAGCACGUGGUAAAGCUACUACCAUUAUUCCCGACGAAGCCAUUAUCAUCGGGUCAUUUCUUGCACAACUAAGAUUGCUUUUAGGCAUUCCAGAAAUGAAGCCUAUAAGCAGCGUAACCGUAGUACCACUGGUUGGAUUGAAAUCACAUGAUUGGGAAGUAGAUGCUUUGCUGCGAGUUCGUGCCAUGGAACAGUUAACUUCUGCUAAAUUAACAUUGCAAUCGUUAGCUCAACUUCUCACAGAGAUCAAUCGUAUCGUUAUUACAGAUGUUGUAGGAAAUAGAAUAAAAGUUGCGCUAGAUUUGGUGGAACGUUCUGCUGAGCUCCUUAGGCAUGGCGAUCUUAUGAACGGUUUUAUCCUCAGUAAAGAUGCAUUUAUUACUGCCGAAGAAGCUUUCUUCGAUCCAACUUUGUUAGCACUUCUUUAUUUUCCAGAAGAUCAAAAAUAUGCUGUAUAUACACCUUUAUUUUUACCGGCAAUGAUCCCUGUUUUGUUGUCUCUUAGAACUAUACUAAAAUAUUAUAGAGGUAGCAAAACCGACCCGAAAAAGGUAACUACUCAAAAUAAAACGAACAAAGAUGCGACACAGGUAAAAGAUAAGAAAGUACAGUGAUAUAAAUUAUUUAAUUUGAUAAGAUCUACGAGCAAUUUUUGUUUGAAAUAAAGUAAAAGUUGAAGGGGGUUUUUUCAAAACAGUAAUAGAAAUAAUUUCUUUUUUAUUGUGGUCACAUAUGCAUAUGUAUAUGUUCAGAAAUUGUUUCACUGUUCGUUAUAAAUUUCUAUUCGUUAUAAAAGCUUUACACUUUCGAUCUUUACACAUUUCAAAGAAAAAUGUCAGGAAAGCGUAAAAAUAAUUUUUUUUAAUAAUAAAAAAAAAAAAAAACAAAAAAGAAUGUGUGAUAUCAUGAAAAUACUUCCAAAAGAAGAGUAUAAUAAAUGAUGACUCUUCCGUAUUGAGCCACUUGCAAUAUUCAUUUGUGAAUAAGGUCUAUGAGCAACUUGAAAGUUACAAAUAAGUAAUUACACUCUUUUUUCUUUCAUACAUAAAAAUUCUAGUUGCCUACAGUUUUCAUUUUGCUAAUUAUGACAAAUGAAACUUUUCGUAUGUCAUAAUAUAAGAAAAUGUGCUACCACGUGUACAUAUAUAUUUAUUCGUGUACACGAUGGAAAUUUACACUCAACUCGAGCAAACAUACCAUCCUCCCAUACAAUCUUUUCAUCAAAUUUGAGAUUAAUUAUCAUUAGAUCGUUAGAAAUAACUAAUAGUCUAUGUACACGUAUAUCAAAUCAAUCCUCAACCAGUUACCACAAGAUUACAAAAACUUGCAAGUUAAAUUACUAUAAAAAAUGUGUCCAUCUACCAUAGGAGAUUAUUUGAAUCGCCAUUUAUACAAAAACAAAGUCAUUUCGUGAAGCAAAAACGUAUAAAAUAAAAUUAUUAGCUGCACUCUUUCACUUUCACUAAUGUUUCUACAAAAUAAAAAAAAAAAAAAUACAACAGUGAAUGUAUUUGAAAUAAAAUAUAAAAUUGUAAUAAUUAAAAAAUAUAUUCUCUAUCAAAAAAUAAAAUAUAUAAUAAAUAUUAAUUUUGAACUCCUUAAACACAGCAACAUAAACAUUUUUUUUUCAUUUCUUUCGCUUUGCUGUAUAAAACAAAAAAGUAUUUUUUAAUUGUAAAAAUCUCAUGAUCCUCUAUAGUAGUGCGCACAGUAUAUUAUUCUAUAUUAGUCAAUAGUAAAAGUGUAAGAAAAAAAAAUCAUAUCUUUAUACGAAAAACAAUCGCGCUAUAUAAUGAGAUAUUAACAAUAUCUUAUCUUGAAAUGUCAGUAAUAGUAAUAUAAGUUUUAGUUAAUAUUUGUAGAAACAAGAAUGAUAAACAAUUUGUAUUGCCUCCACCCGUUGUCCCGUAAAUCUCAAAUGGUAGUUGGACAUCGUAGAAUAAAAAUAAAUUAAUCGUCGAA